UACACGAUAACCGUGCCUGCGGGCAUACACCUCACAACGAACUCCAUCACUUCGGGCCCGCGACCGAGCUGCUUCUAGAGCCUCCACUGAGAAAGGACUAACUUUUAGAUGGUUGACCGGUCCUAGCGACAGUCCGAUCUGGGAGACAGCGUGAAUGAAGGCCGGUUGCCUCCCACCGUUCACACUCCCAGCGGCGCGCCUUCACCGUCCAUCGGUAGAGCUAUAAAAUACCCGCACCACGCUCCCAACUUCUUUCUCCAACCUCGAUUUCUGUCGCGCGGGGUUGACUCAUCUCGAUGUCGUACGCAACCAUGGAUUCCAACUCCGACGCUUUCGCGGCCGCGAACGGCUCUGGCGGCAACGAUGACGAACUCUCCAAGCUAUUCCAGGAGGCUGCGGCCCCCAGCGCUGACGGGGGCAACUUCUGGGAGGAGUUAAACACCCGACCGCUCGAGGCCGGAGAGAAGGCAGACGACGCGAUCGAUUUCGAGGAUAUCUCAGACGAUGAUCUGCCGGAGGAAGAGGAUGCCGAUGGCGAUGUGGAUGGAGGCGACCUUCGCCUAAGCGGAACUACCGUGCGGGAUUUCUCUGGGGAUGGGCAUGAGGAGGAGGACGACCUCGCUGACCUGUUCGGCGACGGCGGAUCCAGCCCUAUGCAGGAGCGGUCGCAUCACGACAAUAUCCCCGUCGCAUCGAUCGAGCCUCAUGCUCAAGGUCAGGCAAGUGGCGUUGGGCUGCGCGCGGGCGACAGCGGACAAAAGGUGCAGCCCGCCUUUCGAGCCGUCAACUACGGGCCCGCGCAGGAUGAGGACGAUAACGAUCCGGAGCUGCGCGAGCAGAUGGCCCUGUUUGAGGCUGCGCGACGCGGGCAUGAGGACCGCCUGCCCCCUGCACCGCAAACGUCCAAAGAAGUAUUCGACCAGAUAUGGCCUGGUUUCGAGCCCGGCAAACCUCCCCGAUUUGCCAGCCUGAUCCCACGCAAGCGUGCCUACUUCGUCCCGCGAGAACCGUUCAGGGCAAUGAGGGCGCUUUCCUCUAUAAACAAGUUGAACCUAGAUAUCGCCCCAGACCAAGAGAAGAGCUUUCGGCUGCCUACGACUAGCGCGCCGACCAAGUUCGGCCGACAAUUGGAGGAAGACAAGGGCGGCAUUGUGUACAUCACCGAAGGCAUGCAGCAGGAGGGCGACAGUAGCGAUGACAUGGAGAUGGAAGGCUCGGACACGCUGAAUGAACAGGAGAAGUUUGGCAACGUAUCCUGGGGUGACCUGCAGAUAGCGUGCGAAGAUUGGGAUACCCACAGCGUGGCGACGUUAUCGGAUGAAGACGACCUCAUGACCCCGCCGGAAGGGGUUGCGGAUGGCGACGACUGGAUUAGGGACCUUGCAGAGCACCCACCAAAGAAGCGCAAGCUCGGAGGGCGCGAGAAGCCCAUACAAUUCUCGGUAUAUGACCGCAUGGAUUUGCCUGCUUGGGACGACCCAGAACUUGCGACUGCCAAGCUAUCGAAGAAGAUCAUCCUGGACAUGAAUGACCCUCAUUUGCUGCUCGAUAUUCAGCAACCAAAUGCUGAGCAGAAAAAACCUCGCACAAUCGGUCUCGGCCUCAAGCGUGACAACCGCGGUAGUCUCGCGAACCCAAUGUUCAAGCGAUACAACAUUUCCAACGACGAGGCAUAUGACGCGCUCAAGGAGAGCAGCCAACAGAAGGUCCGCGGCACCAUCGGACACAUGAACAUUGAACACAGCUUGCCCGCUCUGAAGCUGCAGUAUCCAUUCUACAAGGUGAACCUCUCCGAUCGCGAACUGCGCUCCUUCCAUCGACCCACCAUUACGUUCAAACCUGGCGAACGAGCUAGCAUCUCACCGCUCAAGUCGUUUAAGCGUAAGCACAAGAAAAACCUCAAGCCAUCUGAAGCCUUUGCGGUUGCGGAAGAUCUCAAUGUUGGCGAUAAUUCGGAAGUCAUACUUGCGGAGUACUCCGAAGAGUAUCCCACCACGCUGUCGAACUUUGGCAUGGGUGUCAAAAUCCUCAACUACUAUCGUCGCACAAGCAAUGAAGACAACUUCCGUCCCAGGCCUCCGAUUGGAGAGACUUCGGUGUUGUUGCCGCAGGACAAGAGUCCUUUCUCGUUAUUCGGGCAGGUACAGGCUGGCGCUGGCAACGAGGUGCUGACGCUGCACAAUGCCAUGUACAGGGCCCCGGUGUUUACGCACAAGACUCCGGACACCGAUUUCUUGGUCAGCAGGAGCCAUACUGGCAUCAACGGAUCGAAAUACUACUUGAGGAAGAUUGACAAUCUCAUGGUCGUGGGCCAAGAGUUCCCGUCGGUCGAGGUACCUGGCACACACGCGCGUAAGGUCACGGAGGCCUCGAAGAAGCGGCUGAAGAUGCUCGCUUUCCGACUCUACCGGAAGGGUCAGGAGCGUGGCGCUAGACAACCCUGGGUCAGCAAUGAGAUGAUCAAGCAUCAUCUUCCUGGCACAGAGAUUGCACAGAAUCGAUCGAGAAUGAGGGAAAUCAUGAAAUAUGUCAAGGAGACCGGUACCUGGGAGCCAUUGCCUGGCGAGACCAUUCCCGACGAGCCAGCAUUAAGGACCUGGAUCAAGCCCGAAGAUAUCUGCCUGAUAGACUCCAUGCACGCAGGCGACAAGCAGCUUCAGGAUGCGGGUAUCAAGACUAACGAGAUCCAAGACGACGAAGAGGGUGAUGGUAACGAGGCCCUCGAGCUCAAGCUAGCCCCUUGGCAUACGACCAAAAAUUUCCUCAACGCUUGUGCAGGGAAGGCGAUGCUCGAACUCCACGGUGACGGCGAUCCUACUGCUCGUGGGGAGGCAUUCAGCUUCAUCAAGGUCUCAAUGAAAGGUGGCUUCAAGGACGUCGGAGAGAGCACGGCCGAUAAGAUCGACGCCAAGAAGCAGAAGGAAAAUGGCGGCCACAGCUACAACGUGCAGAGGCAGCAGCAAAUGUAUGAGAAGGCGAUAGAUCGAAUCUGGGGCUUACAGAUGAAGAGCCUAAAAUCUACAGCGGCUCACUCGGACGUGGAAAUGGAUGGCGACUCUGGGACGCAUCCUAACGCGAUUCGUGGACGAUCUGAAGCCGCUACGCCGGCUUUGAUGCGCGCCGAGGACGAGACUAUGAGUCAGUUCAGCCGCAACAGCGCCAACGAGACACGCGGGAAGAAGCUCCGCAUCACGCGUAUUGUCAAGAACAAGUACGACGAGUACGAAGAGCAGGUUACGACCGUCACAGAUCCGGAGGUCAUUAAGCUCUACCUUAAGCGCAAGAAGCAGGAGCGUCUCAUGAACAUGAGGAUCGAUGACAUCAAGCCGACUGGCGACGCCGAAUAUGACCACCAGCAGAUGCUCAAGCUCAAGGCCGAACACGCUCGACUUUUGCGCAACAUGGAGCGCCGUGAGGGCCGCGAGAAGGCCAAGGGUCUUCAUCGCAGCCAGACGGGCGGUGACACGCCUGGGGCUGGAACGGGCAAGGCUACACCGCGCAAGUGCGCAAACUGCGGUGAAGUGGGCCAUAUCAAGACCAACAAAAAGCUCUGCCCACUCCUUAACGGCCAGAAGAAACAGAGCGAUACGUUCAAGGAUGCGAGUGCUGCUUCGCCCGUCACAGUGGCUGCUACUCCGAUCUCUGCUACACCGCAGACCGCUAGCUCCCCUCAGUAAUCGUCUUCGAAAACCGCAUUCACAUCUAUCUAGGUAUUCCCGUCUCAGGCCACGAGUCCGACGCCCCGAGGUCGCUUUCAUGGUAAUGCAUAGCAACGGCGUUGAUGGCUCUUUCGUUUCCCCGGAGCAUGGCAUAUAGUUUGGGCCGGCAUCAGUUAUUGGGACGGCGUUUUAUCUUUUCAUGCAUAUAUUGCACGACAGUCCAGGUCUGCGUGGCGCGUAGUCUGAGUGGCUGCUUAGUUAUUAAUUGAAAGCAUCGAAACUGGCUAUAAUGUGAC